AUCAAUCGCAUACCUCGAUUGCAAACCAUUACAAAAAGGGUGUGUCGAGUGAGCGGCAAGUUCACAUCUCUGCCCUUCAUCUGCUUUUGCACCCCCAUCUCAAGGAUUCAAUCCACUGUAGCCAGACGAUUCCGUCGCCCGAAUCAUCCCUUCAUCCGAUGUUUGACAAACUAAGGGCAAAGAUCGAUGGCCACUUUCAUUCCUCGCCCCUGGCAUCCCAGCGGAAGGAUUUUCUCGCUGUCAACGCUUCCACACCUAUCGAGAAGAAGGCUCACUUCACCGCUGAAGUCGUUGGAGCGGCGGCCGCUUAUGAGGCGUUCAAGAGGCACGAGGUACACAAGGGUGCCAAACCAACCCAUGCUAGAGCCAAAGAGAUCAUCGUGGGAUUGGCGACAGGCUUUGCAUCAAAGAUGAUUGAUGAAAAGGCACUCCCAUUCACCUCUGAAGCGCAAAAGAUCAAGUUCAAGAAAGAAGCUCAACUGUACGCCGCUCGAGACGCCAAGCGGGCGGUCCGGGAUUCAGGCCUGUACGAGGUCAAUGAGCUCGAGCCUAUUGAUGGUGAUAAAAAGCACGGAUCGAAGAUGCUGUAAUUGGCGCAGACAUGCGCCGGAAGGUGUUCACGAGUGACUCAUAGUGCCGUUUGUAAUGACAGACGUACAUACCUUGGAACGCGAGUAUGCAAAGUGACCUGUACUGCGACUCG